AUGUCGAAAUCAAAGGAUAGCGGCCCGUCAGGCAGCUACCAUCAAGAGUACAUUGCGUCUCUGCGAUAUCGCAAUGAUCUCCCUCCGCCUGAGAUGCCCCCCAAGUUCCUGGAUAUCCCUCAUGAAGGACUGGAUCGUUUCCUAACUGCGGGUUUUGCAUCCAAUAUGGUGCGCCGGGAAGAGCCGAACAUUGAUGUUGAUGCCGAGGGUGGAAUGCCAAUUGAUUUGAUUGGCAUACCAGGCCUGCAUUUGGGAGACGAGAGUGCUAUCAUGGCUCCUGAAAAUCCACCACCAAUAGAUCCAGCUGACUUGCCCCUUCUCAUGACAUUGGACCAGCUGAGGAACCCGGCGCCAAAGAAUGUGAAUGUCAGUUUCCUAAGACGAACGCAGUAUAUCGCAUCUAGUGGAAUGGCCCGUGGCAUCGAUUCAAAAGGAUCUGUCUUCAUUGGAGGUCCUCGCAAAGGAGUAAAACCGAAGCCAACCCGCGAUGAUCCUACAUACGUUAAGAAGUACAUUCAAAAGGGCUUUGAUAUUGCUUACCCGAAAAGCAAGCACACUGGUCCAGAUACCGCAAGCCAGAUUCAGGGUCUAACACCAACUAAAGCGGAGCUCGAUGCGUGGGCAAAUCCAGUUCAUCCAGAUAAUCCAAAACUUAAACCUGUUGGAUUUUACCCUGUCAUUCCAGAUGUGGAUGGAUUUCCUGAUUCCGGUGGAUUCUUACAAUUCAAGUUUGACAAAACUCCUGUUCCACCAGUCAACGGACAACGUGAUGACCGCAUGGACAUGUCUAUACUUAUCCCAUCAUCACCAGAACCAAGGGUCUUGCAACAACAUACUUCCAAAACACAACUCCACAAGGCAAACCCAGCCCUCUAUCCUGAUCCUGGCCCAAUCCCUUACGACUAUGAUCUAUACCUCCCACAGAAGCAAAGCUCUACAAAACAAAUCCGACGAAGUCUCAAUAUGACCAACCCCGACCGAGACAGUCCAUCAAACUAUGCCCAUGAAAGCUCAUCUGGAGAUAAAUACCAUCACUAUGAUAGGCUACGAACAUAUGCAACAAACACUCAAGUUUUGAACACGGAGCAUAAGUACAAAGACAUUUCCAUAGUAUUGUUUGAUCCAGCCGAGAUACCAGAAGGUGAACGUGAGAUGUUCCGAUUAAACCAAAAAGCCGCAUAUUAUUACCCGAUCAUCUCAAAAACACGCAUAAAGCCAGAACGUUCUCAGAAGAUUGCCCGGGCUGGCCUGGCGCCAACCCGAGCUACUGCGAAGGAAGAUCAGGUUGAUCAGAUACAAGUUAAGCUACGUGAUCCCAUCCCAGAAGAGUCGCACAAACGAGCAGGGCACCGGGCUCAGAUUGAUUCUAAAUACACGAACCCGUUUUCUAUCGAGGAACUGGAGAAGGGCCAAAACGAGACUGAUGCGCCUGGUGACGAGGAAAUGGCUGAUAAUGACAACGACGACUAA